CCAUCCAACUAUCACUUCAUCCACCCACCCACCCACCCAUUCAUCCAUCCAUCCAUUUAUCCAUCCAUCCACCCAUCCAUCUAUCCAUCCACCCAUCUGUCCACCCAUCCGCCCACCCAUCCACCCACUGAACCAUUCACCCACCCAACUAUCACUUCAUCCACCCACCCAUCCACCCAUACAUGCAUCCAAUCCUCCAGUCGUCCACUCAUCCAUCCAUCCACCCACCCUCCCACCCACCCACCCAUUCAUCCAUACAUCCACUCAUCCAUCCAUCCAUUUAUCCAUCCAUCCACCCAUCCAUCUAUCCAUCCACCCAUCUGUCCAUCCAUCCACCCACCCACCCACCCAUUCAUCCAUCCAUCCACUCAUCCAUCCAUCCAUUUAUCCAUCCGUCCACCCAUCCAUCUAUCCAUCCACCCAUCUGUCCACCCAUCCACCCACCCAUCCAUCCAUCUAUCCAUUCAUCCAUCCAUACACACAUUCAUACAUUCCUCUAUUUAUUCAUGCACUUGUUCAGAGGGGAGGAAAGGAGGGGGUGCAAAGGGAGGAGCCGCGGACCUGCGCCAGGGGCUGGGGGAGGAGCCGAGCGGGCACCGCGGCGGGCGCGCGGGGCUGCUGCUGCGGCGGCGGCGGCGGCGGCGGCGGCUCCGGAUUCAGCUCCUCCUCCCACCACCUGGCGCGUGGGGACGGGUCCGCAGCCCCUUGUCCGCCCUACAACCCCCAUGGGCUGCCGCCAGCCGCCACCUCGGCUGCCACCCAGGACACGGCAGGGAUAAGCGCAGGGCACUUCUCAUGGUGUGA